UGUAUUUAAGGUUGAUUUGUAUCAAGCCAACCCUUCUCCUGGGAAUGAAAAUUGCAGCCGUUAGGCUCUACAACUGGCCUGCUGGUCGUUCUCCCUGUUCACAUCCGGGAAGCAUCACUGAGCCCUAGUGAGAGAAGAACUGCAGUUUCAACAUCCUGAUCAGCAGCUGUGCUGGGGCAAUGGAGGAAGGGCAGCCCCAGGCACAGAAUGAUGCAAGUUUGGGCAUCUGAUGACGGCUUCUGGGGGAAGCUGAGAACUGUAGGAAAGGCCCCACCAGAAGACCGGGAAUCCCAAGUUAAUGAUUACAGUGCAGUAGAAGUAAGGACAAAAAAACGAGAGCUCAUGUGAGAAACCAGGAGGACUUUGGUGAAGUUGAAAAUGAGGCAGAGAGGGGAUUCUGAAUUGUAGGAAAUUCCAAGAGGCGGGCUCAUGUUCUGUUUGUGAAAAACCAAGUUCGGAAUGACUGACCAGUGGUAAGCCAAGAGAAGAUUCUGAAAUAUUCGGGAGCAUCUGAUAUCAAACGAAGGAGACUUUGAAUUACAAAUAGAAGAAAAUGGAAAAUCAAGGCAGUUUUGAGGAAGGGUAGCUUUGCAAUAUUUACAUAGAAUAUUUCAAUUGACUACAAUAUUUCACAGAAGAGAUCUAUAGAAGCUGGCGUGAAGGCUGGAUUAAUGAGAAUUCCCUAAAGAUGACAGACAGAUGCUCCCAAUUUGGAAAUGAGAGCUGGAGGGAAGAACUGGGAAGGCCUGUCUCUGGUCCAUGUACACAUUCUCAAAGAAAUUUAGCACCGAGACUAACAUUCUUGGGAAACCAACCUGCAAGUGUCCUCCACUGACGGACAAACCAAGACAUUGCUGCUCCAUUGAGGACUGGCCAAGAAGCCAUGAAAUCCUUGACUGCAGGAGACUUGGAAGACUGCCUUAUGACUAAGGUGGGCGUGAGGCGCCAGCAGCUCUCCCAGAUUGUGGAGGAAGUGCAGAGGGUUGUCCACCAGCUGACCACAGAAAUCAGCCACCAAGACAUUCGAUUCCAGGCCGUCCCUUACUCUGACACGUACAAUGGGAACAUUAAGGUUUUGUCCCCCAGCCGGUUCCUGGUCACCGUCCCGGUGAAGGGCCUGGCCGGGUACAGGGAGGCGAGGGAGCAACGUUGGCGCUACUACACCCUACAGGGUACCAGGCUGUCCUGCCCCUUGCAGGAUCCGGAGGGCCUGCAGCAGUGGCUGGAGGUGGAGCAGUUUAUGAAGAGCCUGUGGCAGUGGCAUGAGGCAGACGUGAACAUUGAGGGAGAUAUUGUACCCGCCAAGGUCCUCCAGGUGUUCCGGAAGCUGGUAGAAAAUGCAAUCGGAACCUGUCAUCUCUCAGGUAAGGUCAGCAUGCUAACACACCACUCUGCAGUUUGGGUUGCCGUGGAAACAGCCACAUGGCAGGUGGAGCUAGAGCUGGUCCCCACAGUGGAGAUCCCUACUGCCUGGUCUGAGAAAGCUCGGUGGCCUCCCUGUCUGAGGCGCUGGCCUUCCCGACAGAGAGUGGAGUGCAUCAAGUCAUUCGGGUUUGCCUUGCUGGCCCGUUCGCAGUAUCACUGGCAGCUGAGCUUCCUGCAGGCCGAGCAGGUGCUGUUGGCACAGCUGGAUGAGGACGGGGGCUGCCGCAGCAGGUGUCUCCAGGCCCUGAGGCAGAUGAAGGAGGACGUCUGGUGUCCGGGAAAGAGGCCGGUCAUCACGUCCCACCAUCUGCAGACCGUGCUUUUUUGGACUUGUGAGAAAUACCCACACUUGAAGGACUGGCGGGUCUUCAGCAAAGCCUUCCUGCGCCUGGUGAGGGAACUGCACAAGUGCGUGAGCCAGCACUUUCUGAAGCACUAUUUCGUGCGAAAGAGCAACCUCCUCCGGUCUGCCAACUCGGGCGACCUGGACGCCGUGGCCCAGAGACUGGCCCUCUUCCUGAAGAACCCCCAGAUCAGCCUGCCCUGAAGCUGCCCCUGCCUGGGAGGCUCUCAGACGUUUUAUCCUGGCUUGACCUCGUUCUUUGUAGGAUCCUGCCCAGGAGAGAAGCAACCUAGGGCACAGGAAAUUACAUGGACCCAGGAGCGCUUAAGAGGGGAAAGCUGUACCCCAAGAUGUGUGACCCAGGCCUCCCUGGAGCCAAGCAAGUGUUCCAGCCCUCACUAGCUACCUCCCUUGGGGACAGCUGUCCUCAGGCUUCCCCAAGCCACUGAUUCUGAGCUGACGACAGGCAGCACUGAAUGUAUUCUGCCUUGCUCGGGCUCCGACUGUCUGCCCGAGAGGACAGAGACGAGAGCCACUGGAAGGCCAGGCACCAGCCUGCGGCCCAGGAGUGGGUCUCCAGCCCACUGGCCUCGGUUCUUCUUCUUCUUGUUCCAUUUGUCAAAUGCAGCUGUGAAUAUACCUUUCUCAGA